UAACAUUCUAGAGGCGCGCGCGACACUAAGACUAAGGUAUGAUCAUCAUCCCUCUCACCACUCUCUACAAUUCCCAUUUCAUUCUGCUGCUUCCGUGGAUCUAAAUUAUCUUUCUCUGUUACUCCUAUUAUCUUGGGGCCAACCAUUUUCUUUUAGAAUUCCUUAGAAUAUUAGGUCUUUUUUCUGGGGUGCACACCAAUUGUUUGCACAAAGUUCUCGAAGAUGAUUGAUAUUAGAAAUCAAAUAUGAGAUUGAAAUGUCAUUCAAUUUAUUGAAGUGUCCAUUGUUUAAAUAAGGUGUGUUCGAAGUUUUCAACUCUUUGGUCGUAUUAUGCCCUAGUCUAUAUAUGCAUUUUGAUAUCUCCAUUCCUUAUAAAAAAAAAAAUGAAACGAAUUUUUACAUAUUUUUGUUAUGAAAUAUUAUGAUAGACAUCAUGUGUGCUGCUAAUACUGGAGAGUAGAUUGUUAGAUAAUUUCUAGUAUAAAAUGAUUGAAAGACAUACGGGAAGUGUGUGGAAAUGAAGGACCCACCCCACUUCUUUUGUGGUAAAAAAAAAAAAAAGUUUAGCAAGGGAAAUGGAGCUUUCAUUAUUCAAUGUGUGUUUAAUUGGUUUAUAACGAUAAGAGAUAUUUUAGGAUUGCUUUGGUUCUGCCAAGAUUAUUCUAGUACUCUCAAGCUACUUUAUUGGACUGUUUACCCCCGUUCAAUUAGCAAGUGGUGAGUUCUUUGCAAGCGGCUCAGUCCAUGUUGCGCUAUUGAAUUUCACAUAUCUUAGUCUCUUUUCUGUGAAUUCUUUCAUAUUUGUUUAUUGUUCCUGAAUAUCUAGUCAUUUUUAUCUAUACGUGAUUGCCGCUAGGAUCCAUUGGUCAACUAAUUUUUCUUGAUUCUGCUGUGCUUACAAGAUGUAAAAUUUUCUAGGGUGUGUGGAGCUGAAGUUGUACAGUUCAAUAAAUUUUGGUUCGGUAAUCUUCUUGUCAAUUUUGACAGUCUAGUCGAGUUCAGUUGCUAUGGCUGAGGCUGCUGCAUCUCUUGCUCCGAAUGCCGAGUUGUUGGACUGGCCUAAGAAAGACAAGCGUCGGUUUCUUCAUGUUGUGUACCGUGUUGGUGACCUUGACCGUACCAUCAAGUUCUAUACUGAAUGUUUUGGGAUGAAAUUAUUAAGGAAGAGGGAUGUGCCAGAAGAAAAAUAUUCUAAUGCUUUCCUUGGAUUUGGCCCAGAAGAUUCUAAUUUUGUGGUGGAGUUGACGUACAAUUAUGGAGUUAGUUCUUAUGAUAUCGGGACUGGCUUUGGCCAUUUUGCUAUUGCAACUCAAGAUGUAUAUAAACUUGUAGAAGAUAUACGAGCCAAGGGUGGGAUCAUUACCAGGGAACCUGGCCCUGUCAAGGGAGGAUCCUCUGUUAUUGCCUUUGCAAAGGAUCCUGAUGGUUAUAUUUUUGAACUCAUCCAAAGGGGUCCUACUCCUGAGCCACUCUGUCAAGUAAUGCUUCGUGUUGGUGAUCUAGAACGCUCUAUCAAGUUUUAUGAGAAGGCCUUGGGAAUGAGGCUAUUAAAGAAGGUUGAUAGGCCAGAAUACAAGUAUACCCUAGCCAUGAUGGGAUAUGCAGAUGAACUAGAGACAACAGUGCUAGAGUUGACUUAUAAUUAUGGUGUGACAGAGUAUACCAAGGGAAAUGCAUAUGCUCAGGUUGCCAUCGGUACUGAUGAUGUAUACAAGAGUGCUGAGGUUGUCAACCAGGUUAACCAGGAACUUGGAGGAAAGAUUACUCGACAACCAGGACCACUUCCUGGAAUCGGCACAAAAAUUGUUGGCUUUCUGGAUCCUGAUGGUUGGAAGACUGUUCUUGUUGAUAAUGCAGACUUCCUAAAGGAACUGGAACAUCAGUGAGCUUAGUCUUGUUAAAUAAUCAAGUGAUGAAAUAAAACCAUCCUGCUUGAGUUUGUAACUUACCUGUCAUGUCUUUGAAUAAAUGUAGAGCCUGAUGAUGGCUCAUAUCUUUGACAUUUCCAAGUGGUCAGUAUGGCAUGUAUUACAUUUUAUAAGCAAAAAGAGAAAAUCUGCGAACUCACUUUGUAGUUUUAUAUUACUAUUACCUUCCUCCA